UAGCUAAUAAAAAUACUCAAAACCACAUGGAGGGGGGGGCAAAAAAUCAGCCAUUUUCGAUGGAUAAAUGGAGCUUUCCACCAUUUUGCAGGGUUUGGGAGAAAUUUUUAUUAUGGUUCCAUUCAAGAGAUUGUUGACGGUCAUAAACAAAAAGGCCCAUUCCCGUCAUGAGCAUUUCUUUUGUCAGAUCUACAAGGGCGCAAAAAAAGUCUUCAAGCCCGAUCCUGCAAAGCUCGCCAAGGCCAGGGAAAAUUUAUGGCACACAUCUGUUGAGGAUGCCGAGCGCGCGUCCAACCACCCUGGCUCCAGUACACUUAAUUUUAAGUUGUACAUUGCGUACCUCCUCGAGCGGCACAAGGGAAAGUUUGUCCUGAGUGAGCACUACCACAACACGCAGACCCUUGGCAAGAGCCGCAAGUAUGAUGGCAGUAGAAAGUGCGCCAAUGUCGAACUCGCAAAAUCUAUGCGCGCAAAAUUUGGGUCGGAUACUGUCCUUAUCCUUGGCAAUUGGACCCAGAAUCUCAAGCACAAGCACCACAUUACAAUGGCCGCAGCAGCAUCCAAUUACGUUGCAGCCACAACCACUGCCACCAGUGAUUUUGUUGUUGCAGCAGUCACCAUUGUUUCUGUCGCAACCGCAACUGCCGUUGUCACCACAUCUUUUACAGACAUUGUGCAGCAGGGUUGCAACCAGUGGAUACUUAUUCACCCACAGGCUGCCGAUAUCAUUCGGUGCAUAGGCGAGGAAAAGGGCUGGUCUAAGCGCAAGAUUUCCCGCAAGCUUGUUGAUAAUAUCAAGCAGAUUGUCAGGCUGAGUGACUGGUUGCAGGGUAAUCGUCCUCCCCGUUUUCACACAAAAAGGCAUGGUCAGAGUCAGCAGAAUCUGAGUGAGUCUACAGCGACGCCCAAGAUGUUGCCCGAGAUAUCGCCCGAGAUAUUGCCCAAGACAAAGUCCAAGCCCAAGCACAUGCGCAAGGAUCACUGUGCCCCUGCUUCACUUCACAAGAAGCAGCGUGAUGAUUAAUAUCUUUAAACAUAGUGGGUUAUUGCCUCUAAUUUCUAACCACGUGCCAGGUUGCUAUGGAAUUAGGAUGGAAAAGAUGUCGAUUUGCAGGAUAUUUGAUUUUUUU